CUCCUCUCUCUCUCUCUCUCUCUCUCUUUUUCUCUCUUUGUCUCUUUCUGUCAUUUUAUUUUCAUUCCCCCCCCUAUAUAUCUCAUAUAUCUCUGUCCCCUUGUCUUAUUUACUCUCUCUCUCUCUCCCUAAUAUCUCUCUUUCUCUUUACCUCUCUCUCUCUCAGUCUCUCUCUCUCUCCCUCCCUCCCUCCUUUCCUGUCAGCCUGUGAGUGGAGGAUGUGUUUGGAAGAGAGAGGGAGAGAGAGAAAGAGGAAGGCCGGCUGCAGAUAGAGUUGCUCGGGUAUGUACUCUCUCUCCUUUUCUCUCUUUCUCUCUCUCUCUGUCUCUCUGUUGGUUUCUCUGGCUCUCCCCGGCUGCAGUGUUUUCGGCCCCCCAGGGCAGAGAAGACGCCGGCUGAACGACAGAAGGCAUAAAUGUCCCACGGAGACAAGAAUGACUGUGACUGUAAUGAAGCAGAUGUCCUGGUCCCAGGUGAGGCGUGGCCGGAGCUGGAGCGGGCGGAGGGCUUGGCGCGGGGAGCCGCUCUCAAAUGGGCCUCGGGAGUGUUCUGUAGGCCGGAGAACCUGGAGAGGCUGGGCUACUACAGGAAAAGGGAGAGUCAGAGAACCUCGUCCAUCAACUCCAGAUUAAAGUCAGUUGUUCAGUCUUAUCUGGAGGGUGUGGACUGGGGUCUGGGUCAGUUGCGGGAGGCGCGUGCUGAGCUGAGGGAUGUGUCUCAUGCCAUGCACAAAGUGAGACUGGAGUGCAGCAAGAACGCUGAAGGCACCUUACCCCUGGAGACUCUGAGGGAGAUUUCCACCAAUCACUGCCAGCUUCUGGCCGCUGUGAGCAACCUGCCCCGCCUCUACUCAGUGCGGAAUAUGGUGCUGGAAACCGAGCGCCUGGUUGAGUCACGCCGGCUGCUGGAGGCUCAUGCCCGGCUGAUGGAGCUGGAGCGCUGGCAGGAUGAGGUGCUGCUGCAGCUACGUGGAUUUGGGGGCUCGUCCAGGACCACCCUGAGCGUUGAGGAUGACAAGCUAGUGCAGGACUUUUUCUCUGGAGUUGGACGCUUGGUGGAAGCCUUAGCAAAAGAGAUGUGGGCAGUGGUGGGCAGUGGUCUAACCCAGUCCCUCCAGAACCCCACCCCGUUUGUGUCAGCGGUGCGUAUUGUGGAGCGCGAGGAAGCACUGGAUCAGUUCUUUUUAGAGGAGCGGCGGGAUGUGUAUGGAACACACAGCUUGCCAAUGCCCCCUGGAAGACCACGCUGCUGGAGAGACCACUUCUUCAAGGUGCUGGAGGAGACGGUUGCUGCACGUUUCCGCAGUGCCUCGUACCUGCACACUCGAGGCCCUGGCCUGGCUGGUCAUCUUUCUGCCCUGCAGCACAGCAUAAUGAGUGACCUUGGCACAGUGCGGAACCUGCUGGAACAGUGUGUCCCUCCUCAUUACCAGCUGACCAAGGCUUACCUGCAUGCCUGCCAUCGCUGCCUGCAGACCCAUCUGAGCCAAAUCAUUGGCUGGGAGCUACAGAGUGGGGAAAUCUUUGCUGUGCUUAACUGGGUCCUGCAUAUCUACAACAGCUCAGAGAUGAUGGGUGACCCUGCCCUUGCUGCAGUCUUGGACCUGGAAGAGCUGGGCCCAUUAAUUUCUCAGGAAGGUCUGGAGCAGCUGCAGAACAAAUACGUGCAGAGUGUUCGGAAGAGUGUCUCAGAAUGGAUGCAGAAAGCACUUGAGGUGGAGUUGACUGACUGGCAACGAGAUCAGGAACCUGAUAUUGACCAUGAGGGCUGCUACCACACCAGCCUCCCUACAAUCAUCUCUCAGAUGUUAGAGGAGAAUGCACGUGUGGCUCUGAUGAUUGGUGAAACUCUACGAGACCAGACAAUCCAGAUGGGACUGUAUGAAAUGGAGAACCUUUUAGCUAGGUUUCGAGAUGCCAUUGUUGAAUUUGGCAAGGAGCAUCGUAAGGAUCCAACAGCAAACAGCAAAUUUUACCUCCAUUACCUUCUGGCCUGCAUAAGCAACUGCAUCAUCCUCAAGACCUCCACAGAGAGCCUGCACCAACAAGUGGGCUCUGGCUCUCGGGCAUCGGUGAGAUAUUCCCGGAUUCCUCCGGGGCCGCUGACCGCUCUGGACCGAGCUGUAAAGAAAGCCUGCAGGCUGGUGAUGGACCAGCUUCUGCUGGACCUGCAGCCCUGUCUCACAGAACUCCUGUCUCGAACCUGGCUGGCCCAGGGAGACGUCAUCCCCAAAGUGUGCGGCGUUCUGGAGCACCACUGUGAGCUCUACAGCCGAGUUCGCUCACCAUGCCGCCAGCGGCUGCAGGAGGAGUGUCAGAGGCUGACCGUGGUGGAGUAUGUCCGAGCGCUGAUGCAGAAGAAGCUGAUCUGUCGGAGCGAUGAGGACAGGCAGCAGCUUGCUCAGCAGAUGGUCCAGGAUGCUCAGCAGCUGAAGGAGCACUUCCAGAGCAUGGAGGCUGACAGCACUGUUACCGAGGUAAACCCUGCUGCUCUGAUUCCUGUGCUGGCAGACUUAAUUAAACUUAAGGACCCUGGCCUGCUGACCCUGGAGGUUUCUGGACUGAUUUCCAAAUAUCCCGACAUCAGUGAGGACCAUGUGUCUGCACUGCUGGACGUAAGAGGGGAUGUUCCAAGAGGAAUCCGUGGGACAGUGCUGUGUUUACUGGAACAGAGUGCUCCUCCGCUGCCGCCGGGAUACCGCCCAAUCUUCCCCGACAUCCUUGUGCCUCCUUCCAGCAUGCCUUUCUGCCUGCCCACUGCCAAGUGUGCCUGAUGAGUUCCCUCUGAGGACCUGGAGAAUACACACCUUCCUGUCUGGGCCAGCAAACAGGAUUCAUCAACAGCACUUGCUAAAUUUAGCUGUUUCCUUCUUUCUGUCACCUUCUGACUGGAUUUUAGAAUGGUGAAGUUUACCACAGCAGUCAUGUAGGCCAUACUUCUAACUCUGCUGAGGGCUGACAUUGGAAUAACUGUAGUCUAGAUACCUUGAAUUAAAUUAUUCGAACAGGUAGAAUAUUUCUACAGGAAUAAAAUGAAAUACAAUGCAUCCGUUCCAUUUUCACCAAAUGGUGGUACAUACACUCCUGGGCAUUGUUUCAGUAAGCUUCUACAAUGUCACAAGAUUUAUUUCAAUCCAGUGUUGCAUUAAUUUUUCACCAAGAUCUUGCAGCAGCAUUGAUGAUGGAAGAGUCUGACCACUGCACAAAGUUCUCUCCAGCACAUCCCAAAGAUUCUCAAUGAGGUUAAGGUCUGGACUCUGUGGUGAACUCUCUCAAUCCGUGUGUGAAAAUGAUGAUCUCAUGCUCCCUGAAUCCUGAACUCUUUCACAAUUCCAGCCCCAUGAAUCCUGACGUUGUAAUCUUGGAAUAUGGCCGUGCCAUCAGGGGGAAAAAAUCCAUUGAUGGAAUAACCUGGUCUAUAUUCAGUAUAUUCAGGGAGUCAGCUGACCUCAUUCUUUCAGAACAUACUGUUGCUGAAUCUAGACCUGCAGAUCAACUGCAGCAACACCAGAUCCUUUGCUUAGUUAAAUCCAGGUGGCAACUUUUUUUGGCCAGGCAAUGUAUUAGGCGUCAGUUUACGAAGUUGAUGUGUUGAAAGCAGAAACAAUGAGCAUGCAUAGGAAUCUGAGAUAAUUUGACGAAAAUCACACUGUGAUGGCCAGAGCAUCUCCACAACAUCAGGCAGGUCUUGAGGGUAGCUACCAAAACUGCUGCAUGAAAGGACAAUCGAUAACCUGGCGACAGGGUCAUAAGAACCCAUGGCACAUUCAUUCUCAUGGCUCCACUUUACUUACUACUUAUGGGAUUUACAGGAUUAUCUUCAGAGGUAUUGUGGAGUCCAUCUCUCAAAGAGCCAGGUCUGUUUUGGCAGUGCAUAGCAAAGGUGUAAAAAGUAUUGACAUUCAUUUCUCAGGUAGAAAUAUAGAUACUAGAGUUUAAAAUACUUCUGUAGAAGUUGAAGCUUUUUACUCAAGUGUAAGUAUAAAAGUACUGGUUUUAAAACUACUUAAAGUAUAAAAGUAAAAGUUAUGUAAGAUAAAAAAUGGCAUUAAGAACAAAAGCUCCUAUAGUCCUAUAGUGCACUACCCCCCUCCCCAAAACACAUUUUUCUAAAAGCCAUAAUGACUAUAAUGUUAUAUUAAAAUGUUAAUGCUGGUAAAUUUGGGCUGCACUAGGCUCCCAGUUUCAGCUGCAUAUAUGCCCAUUGAAAAUGAAAGUAUUUUAGUAGAAUGUAAAUAUAUUAAAGUUAAAGCUUAGUUGGACUGGAGUUUGUCUGGAGUUCUCUUGAGUCUCUGCACGGAUCAUCUUCAUACUAGGCUACAUACCUCUGCUAUGUUCUUGCUGGAGUGUGGGAGUGACAUGUGCAGGUGUGAUGGAUCACAGUAUAAACCAAUAGGGUGUCGGAAUGGUAUAUGUUUAUACUUCUCUACAUCCAAUCACAAUCAGAUUCACUCUAUCUGGAUGGAGAGAUUUAUCUGGAUAGGGGGUUUUAUUGAACGAUGAGAAGCAGGAAUGAAAACAAGCUGAAAUGAAAUAGGAGUAACACGGCUAUUUUUAAAAUGUAAAGAGUAUUCAGUUCAGAUAAUUGUGUGAAAAUGUAAAAAGUAGAAGUAAAAGGCCAUCUGAAAAAUAAUUAGUAAAAAAUAGAUACAAAAUUUCUACAUAAGUAAGGUAACAAAGUAUUUGUACUUUGUUACUUGAUACCUCUAGUGCAUAGGGGACCUACACAGUAUUAGAUCGAUGGAUUUAAUGUUAUGACUGACAGAUAUGACAACUGGAAAAAAACAACUGGAGUACAUAGAAAUAUGUUCAUAAAAAAUAUUUUAAUAUUAUGUUCAUUUGGAAAUUUUGUGCAUGUUCAAAUCAAGUAUGGUCUACAUGCAGUAUUGAGUGUUGACUUACUGAUUGCUGUGGAUUUAUUUUAGUGUGUAAAUUUACUGAAAGUUUGGUCGACUAUGCUCUGAUGAAAAUUUGAUGUAUUGUAGUUUACAAAAUAUGUGUAUAUUAUGGCUCAGUAUGUACAAUAAAGUCUUUAUAUGAA